CGAGAGCGCGCACGCAACGUGCGCCAGGCCCAAGCCAGCGGGAGAGGAUUGCCGAGCCACGGCCUGAGCGGUGAGAUGGCGGGCAGUGUGUAACGCGGGGUACGCAGCGCACUCUCACUCCGUUACACGGCUGGAGGAGAACCUUUAACGCUAUGAGAGGGGAGGGGGAGGGAGUUACGGCACGUUGUGCGUUGAUAGAAAGCGGGGAGCGGGUUGCUAGGCGGUAUUUACUGACUAGGGCUGUGUGCGCUGGGCAUUAUGGGAUAUGUAGUGCAGGGUAGCUGGUGUGCUCACGGUCCGAGGUGGGGGUUGCAUUGCAUAAUACUGUGUGUGUGUCAGUCUCUGUCCUACAUACCCCGUGAUUGCAGUCACUAUUAAUAUCAGAAGGAAUGAGGACACUGGUUAUCCUCAGUAUUGAUGAUUGGAGAAUGAGCAUUUAAUUAAAGGACUACUGUGUUGUGAUUAGGAUUGAUGUAUCAGUAAGUCAGUAUUAUAAGGUUCAGGCCUCGCUGCUUUGUGGUGACGGUAGAAGUGUAUCAAUAAAGGAAUAAAUUAUGUUAGCGAAUGUCCAAAAAUUAACACUACAGAAAAAAAAGAGCAGCAAUAAAUUUCAAUGUUCUGUUUGCUAUUUUGUAUCCGUCUUCUAUGAGUCUAAAACAAGUUAUAAGCAUGCGUGUAAUAUGCAUAAGGCUAUCCUAACUAUAAGAUAAGGCCAGGGACUAAUGAAAGUAUUUAAAACAUUGGGCAGACUAGAUGGGCUGAAUGGUUCUUUAGUGCCUUCACAUUCUAUAUUUUGUUCCUAAAAAGGCAAACAUUGCUGUUUGUGCUUGACUGGAUCCAUUACUACAUAAUACACUGCAUAAUUCAGCUGUCUGCUGUUAAAGGGACACUAUACUGUAGUCACCAGAAGAACUAUAGCUUGUUGCAUUUGUUCUGGUGAGUAGAAUCAUUCCAGGCUUUUUGCAGUAAACACUGUCUUUUCAGAGAAAAUGCAGUGUUUACAUUACAGCUUUGUGAUAAAUCAGUUGGCUACUCCUCAGAUGGCUGCUACAUGUGCUUCCUGGGGCACUGUUGCACAAUGAGCAGUACAGCCAUUCAGUGUCUCCACCCUUUGCAUGCAGACACUGAACUUUCCUAAUAUAGAUGCAUAGAUUCAAUUCAACUCCAUGAGGAGAUGCUGAUUGGCCAAGGCUAUGCUUGACUUGUGCUGGCUCUGCCUGUGAUCUGCCUCCUUGACAGUAUCAGCCAAUCCUAUGUGAAAGCAUUGUGAUUGACUCAGACCACCACUUCUGAUGAUGUCAGCAGUCAGGUCAGAGGCAGCAGCUGCAGUCUUAAAUACAAGUAAGAUUGUAUUAAACUUAGGGAGGCAAGAGUGUGGUGGUGGGGAGAGGCCUAGAUGGUGGUUUUAACACUAUAUGGUCAGGAAUAUACCUUAUAGUGUUCAUUUGAAGAAUGAGGAAAACCUAUUUUAAUGUUAUGUUUGGGUGAAUGAGCUACUGAACAAGGUACUGUUAGUCCAUGCAUACAUGCCCAUGAUGUCAAAAAUUACAGGGAAGUAAAAGCCCUGUAGCAUAUUGCCACUGGAGUCAGCAUAAUGAAAUAGAGUUGUUAUUCUGCCAAUCCUUUCACAGCAAGGGCGGAAUACAGAAAUGUCUAUAGACUGGUGUUUCACCAGUAUAACAUCCACAGAGCUGUGGUGCUAGAGCAAUAACUCUAAAUUUUCUGUUAAAUUAAACUUAAUUUUUAUUUAUGUGAACAAGUAUAUAUGUUCAUAACCUUUGGGAUUCAGUCAAAGGGGCCUGUAUCACUUGACAUCAAUUUUUUUUUAUUUAUUUUUUUAAACCAGCAAACAAACCAAAAUAAAGCAAGAGAAACUUUGCAAAGUAUGUAAUAAAUGUUUAAAAUAUACUAUAAUCUUUGUCAGAUUGCAUUAUUGGAGAUGCCUCUCAGCUGGGGAAGUUUCUUAAGCUACCUUCCCUUACCAAUCCAUCUCAAUUUCAGACCAAUCCAUUAAUGAUAGAAACAGAGCAUCAUUAUGCAGCAACAGGAGAGAGAAACCCAACACUUGAGCCUGCAGAUGUCUACAUCUGCCCAUCAUGCCUACGCACGUUUUCAGCAUUUUUAGGGAUAGGACACUGAUUGGUUAGAUCAGUUUCCCAGAUAUAGUGGAUGUGGAAAGCAUACGAAAGAAGAAGCAGGUAAAUGUGAAAAAAAAAUCAAAUUUACCUGCUUUUUUUAAAGCCUGUAGAGUGAGGAAACUGUCUCAUUCACAGCUAAUGCUUUUUAAGUGAACCUGUCAUUGCUUUAAAUAUUAUUAAGCAACUACUUCCUACCUUAUGCCGCAGAACUAUCUCAUUUAGAACGCCAUGCUGGUUUCAUUGUAUCAGAGUUAUUUAGUUAAUCUGUUCCUAUAUUCCAAAUCAAGUGCAAUGAAAUCAUAGUAGAUACAGAUCACACUGAGCGUGAAAUUUUGUUGUUUUGUGGGAGAACCAUGUAGACAUGUCCUUUUGUCUCAAAACUCCGUUCAGUGCAUGAAGGACUCUGGCGAGAAUGGUUUAGCAAAUGAGGUGAAGGACCAUAAUGGUAAAUUGUUAAAAAUGUAUAGUUUUGUCAACAUUUUUCCUAGCACAAUGCUAGGACUUUUGUUUCUUUCUUAGAGCGUACCUUAACAUACUCAUGACAGUUACACUUUUAUUUGAAGUGUUUGCUUAGAUAUAGAGCACAGCUUGAACCUAUGAGACAAUGGAAGAAGAAAAAAUAAGAUACAGUAAAAUUCAGAGUUAAUUUUAUUAUUAUAAAUAAUUCCCAUAAACACAAAUGGUUCUUGCAAUUAACAUGAUACACGUACUAGUGGUGACCAAAAGGUAGAUCCCCAGAUGUUGCAGAAAUACACUCCCAUGAUGCUUUACAUUCUAUUAGAAUGCCUUUAGAUUGACAAGCAUUAUGGAAGCUGUAGUUUUAAAACAUCUGGGGAUCUACCUUUUGGGCACCCCUGUUUUAGACUGUUAUAUGAGAAUAUAGGUAUAUUACAAUGUUUAUACCUAUUAACUUUCCAUCUGGUGGUCCAGGAUUCACGUAUACAUGCCAAAUCAAUUCUUCCAUAUCUUUAAUCGUAUAAAAUCACAAAAAGAACACAACAUAGUAUAAAACCAACAACACCAAUAAAAUAGGAACGAUAAUUGAACUCAAAAACGUGGUACCAUGAAAAGAGGUCAGUAGGGCAUAACACAGGGAAGUAAAAGCCCUGUAGAAUAUCGCAGAUAUGUCUCUGGAAACGGUUUCAGACGUACCUGCAAUAUGCUAUAGGGCGUAUACUAUGUUGCAUUCUUUUUAUGAUUUUAAGUGAUUUAAAGAUAUGGAAGAAUUGAUUUGACAUGUAUACGUGAAUCAUGGACCACCAGAUGGAAAGUUAAUAGGUAUAAACAUUGUAAUAUACCCAUAUUCUCAUUUCACCUUGACUGCACCACACCAUUUCUUUCUUUGUUUUUAUAUAUAUCAGGGUUUUCGGAGUUUACCGGGGUAUUGGUGUUCAGGGUGAACACUAUUAUUGUUUAUAUCUUUUAGACGGUUAUAUGUCUGUAGGAAAAAUAGCUAGUUUGUAUCUCAGUGGCAAAUAACAGGCUAGGGUGUCUUUGUGCAAAACAUUUGUGUGCGCAUUAUAUAUUAGCCAGUUAAGGACCAAAUUUAGUCUUUUUUACCAUCAUCACAGUCUGGUCACUAAAUAACCUGGAGCAGUAUGAAAUGCCCUAUCUAUUCAAGCGUCACUGACACCCCUUUUCAAAUUGAAUGUAGACCACUUGCCAAGUGUAACCAACCCCUCUGUCUCAAAUACCACGUAUGAACAGCAGCCAUGAUUCCCACAUAUUGGGUGAGAUCUAAGCCAGGAUAACAGUAUUCUAAACACAUUUCUGCAGCAAAAGGAUGAUGAAGCUAAUUUUCAUUUGAAUAGCUUCGUCAAUAAGUAAAGCUGUUGUAUCUGUGGUACAGAAAAUCCACUGACUCAGUAAUUUUCCUACGUCUGACACACUGGUACCGCUGUCUGGAAGUGUCACUGGGAAUUGGCCCCGUCUAUGGAGCAUCCUGCGGAUCCUACAUAGACUUUCAUGUUGUUUUCUUGCGUGAGAGUAUAACAGUGAUGUCGACUCCUGGCUCUGAAGCACCAAGAGCAGAAGAGGACCAUCUGAAUGAUGCAGGGGGCAGGUUCACGAAAGUUAAAGUCACCUUUGCCUGCCACCACCGUGUGACAAAGUCAGGAGACUGGGAUGUUGGCUUAUUUUGCAAAGACCCUCGAUGAUGACAGUGCUCCUGAUAUUUCAUCCACCAGAAGCCCCCAUCAAAAUGUUGUAUUCUCGCACAUGAGCAACAGUGCAACACUGCUGUUUUUAGAGGAUCCCACAAGAGUCUCCAUAGAAAUUCUCACAACGACUGUGGAAAAUGGUAAAAUGUGACAGCAGCAGCUAUUUGUCAAGGUAGUAGUUGUUACUACUUUGUCUUUUGACUUUAUUGGAAUUACAAUGACAUUCCAAUACAGUCUUUAUACAUAAAGAUUUUAUCUUUUUGAAAUGCUCAAAAUAUUUGGAGCUGCUUAACCCCUUAAGGACCAAACUUCUGGAAUAAAAGGGAAUCAUGACUUGUCACACAUGUCGUGUGUCCUUAAGGGGUUAAAAGUAACACAUCUUGUAUAGACCAAAAUUGGUCUUUAAUUAAGGGUUUCCAUUUAUGACUAUACUGUCCCUGUGCAAAAGGAUGAGUUGCCCUUUCUCCUGUAUACCAGUUCAUCCACUCACCUGCUUUAUGACAAAUUGGAAAACAGUCUGAGAGUCAGACAUAUUUAGGAGCUAAAUUGAUCUUCAGACAAGCCAGUCUAGGAAUUUUGGUAUCAAUUUAAUAUUGUUGGAUAUACUUUUUUAUAAGCUUUUUGAGAUUCAGAUUUUUGGAUGAACUUUCAAAAUUAAGAAAAACAUUAAAAUUUUUUAAUUGUUUUAUAGUUUUUUGAUAUAAUUUUUAUAUUUAAAAUAUUUUUGCACACAAAAAAAAACAUUUUAAAAGUUUAUCCAAAAAUAUUACACCGUUUAAAAAGCUUAUCCCAAAAUAUUAAAAUUGUUUGAAUUCUGUAAAAUAAAAUUAGACAGAAUAUUUCAAAUGUUAAGAGUGAAUGUUUGUGCCUUGUAUACCUCUGUAAAAUCAGUGUAUUAUUUUGUAAAUAUUAUAGUUUCUCUUUUUUUUAUUUUAUAAAUUAGGUUUUGAAGUUUUGCGGCCCUUGGGCCGUUCCCUUCAGAAGUGAUCAUAAUGUCACACAGAGGAGGUGAUCGAGACUUGCAGUCUUCAGCUCGCAGGAUGGGUACCUCCCUGCUGUUCCAGCUGUCUGUGCAUGAACGAGAGCUGGAUCUAGUAUUCCUGGAUCACAGCUAUGCUAAGCCUUGGAGUGCUCACCCAGAUGCUAGCAAUGCCCGUCCAACACGCACCCUCUUUAUCACACCUCGGAGGCAGCAGGAAAGUACAUUGUAAGUCCAAUGCUUCCUUAAUCUUCUAUAUCAAAACAGCAGAAUGUAGUACUGUUGAAUCUCUGUAUUGCUUCUCUAUCCCACAAAUAUAAAAACACAGAUAACUUGGUAAACUCAUAUGUGGUAAAGUUUAAAGUUUCCUCUCUGACUGCCUAGCUGAUUCCUCAUAGACUGGUCAUGAAAGGUGGUUUACUUGCUGUUAUUAAAUGCAGCAAGUAAAUGUGAUUCCUAUGUACCUUUCCCAUAAGUCCUGCAUAGCAAUAUUCAGAGUAUAAAUGACAAUUAAAUGCUAGUUUAAACGUCAUCAUUGCACCGUUUGCAUUUUAUCUUUUUUUUUUUAUGGAAUUAUGAUAGAGCUGUUAAUGUAUAUGAUGGAAACUUGUCCAUAUUUUUUAUAAGGUCAUAUUAAAGGGACACUGUAGGCACCCAGACCACUUCAGCUAACUUAAGUAGUCUGGGUGCUGUGACCCUUUUACAUUGCAGCUCUAAGUCUGCUCUCUGUGGCUGUCUACCAGACAGCCACUAGAGGGCUUCUGGAAUCCAAACAGACUUCUAGUCUGUUAUCUGAUGCUGGACUUCCCCACGCUCUGCAUGAAGACCUCAAGCAACAGAUUUUCCCCAUAGGAAAGCAUUUUUCAUUGAAUAAUGCUUUCCUAUGGAGAGGUCUAAUGCACGUGCGGCCGUUGCCAUGUAUGCGCAUUAGGUCUCCCCGAUAUCGGCAGAGGAGUGUGGGCGGAGCUUGACCCAGAGGGUCAUCGGUGCUGGAUUCAUGUAAGGGGAGGGGAGGAACUAUAAACCCUAUAGGGCCAGGAAAACGGUUUUGUUUUUCUGGCACUAUAGGAUCCCUUUAACCCCUUAAGGACACAUGGCAUGUGUGACGUCAUGAUUCCCUUUUAUUCCAGAAGUUUGGUCCUUAAGGGGUUAAGCAACAUAAAACAACUUAGUGUAGUAGUUAUGUUGUGGCUUUUAUAUUUGUCUAAAAGUGUUUGCUUGAUGGCUUAAAAAAAUAAUUGUCAAGUGAUGCAUGUCCCUUUAAAGCCUUCAUUGAAAGUUGUCUGAUCCUGACAGUCGAUUUGAACACUACAUCAACAGGGGAGUCCUCCUCUCAAUAUUACCCUAAUGAUAAUUAAAGGGAAACCCCAGACCUCUAAAGCAUUUUAGCUUGCUGAAAUGCUUUGUGUAAAGAGUGCCCUCCUUUUUUUUUUUUGCAUCAGUACAUUUUUUUAUGGAAAUUUAUACUUUUACAAAUUUACCUGGUUCCACCCCCUGGCUUUGAAGCAGAGAACAGUCAAUGUUACUUCCAGGUUGGGUUGCCCAGAGCACUUGCAAAGACUUCUCAUUGAGCUGCAUUGUAAAGUCUGUGAUUGGAAAGCCACAGAAAGUCUGGGCAGGAUAAGAAGGGGAGGGAUUAAAAAAGCUUCAGACAAGAGAAAUACAGGUUUUGCAAGCUGUUUUUAGAUAUCCCCCUAUGAAAAAAUGCAUAUUUAAAUGCAUGCAAAUUUUAAUUUAGGGUACAUCUAUUAAACAGGGAUUUUUAUUUAUUUUGUAUUUGGCAAGUUGAAUGUCUAUUAAAAUUACUCCAAUCUUACCAACUGACCUAUUAAUGGAGUGAGAUAUGUUUGGACAUACAAAACUAUACUUUUUUUUUUUACUUUGAACUCCGACUUGAUUUUUUUUUAUUAAAGUAAUUUUUAUUCUCAUACAUGUGGCAAAAUACAUGGUACAGUUUGGAUAUUCUUAUGGUAUAAUGUCAUUGGUACAGUUAAGAACAUUCCAUGCAUUGGUGGUUACAACAUUACAGCAUUUAAACAUUGUUUGUCACAUUGUGUCUAUAUUACCAUAUGUAUAUAAGGCACUCAUGGCCUUCUGAUAUAGUUCUCACAUGCUGUGACGUUUUCUUAUAUCAACAUCUAACAAACUCAACAAUAGGGAUGGGGGGUUACUAAAGGAUAAAGAGGGGGUUUGGAACGGGUGGGAAGGCGAGCCGUGCCACGGGGGGGGAGGGGGUCUAUUAUUUCUUCCUUGUGUUACACUUUCCCCUCGUAUACUGCCAGUGUAAAUGGGGCAUUCUUUUCUAUAUCGUUUGUCGGCAGCUAAUUUUGAUGUUGGCAUAAAUUUGGCUUAUGCUAUCUAGAGCUGGUUUGAGAUAUUUACCGGGUGAUGUUCGGAGUGUUAUUCUGUGGUACUAUUGUCGGUAUCUUAUGUUAUUGUUGUUUUUUACCUUUGUACGAUAUGCUAGAUACAUUUUGCGUAAUACAUUGUGUUUUUUGGGGGGUUUUUUUGACUUGAUUUAUUUUAAGAUGUACUGUUUUAUCUCUCUUAUUAUUUGACUUGAGCAGAAAAUUGAAUUGGUCAGACUAUACCUUUUUUGGCAAAGACUUUCUCCUCUACCUAAACAAACUCAGGGCAACUGACUGGAGACUCUGUGAAAAUUCCACCUAAACAAACUCAGGGCAACUGACUAGAGACUCUGUAAAUCCCUUCUGUAAGGUCCAUUAUUUUUGCAGUAAGCCACCAUGAGAAUGACAUCAUACAUCACGGAGAAUAACUAUCCUGAGGUCUCAACCUUUUUGAUUUGGGAAGCACACAAAUGCAUCUUGAAAGACUCGGUGCUGAUGAGACCUUAUGAUGGCCAAGUCCAGAGGUUUAUGGACACGAUAUAACUUUGUAUCCACACACUCAUCUAACUGUGACCCACCACUACCGAAAGAGUUGACAGUCGAGGUGUGUGCUCCCUCAACUACGUAAUCUUUUGUGUCACAGAGCACUCAAGAGCACUAGAACUUCCAUAUAACUGGAGAUAAAUAUUGGAGGUUACUAGCACAUAUGAUCUAUAAAAAGCUAACCUUGACAUAUAUUGCAAUACUUCCCAGAUAAGUAUACAAUUCUACUCUGAUGUCUAAUCACAGUCAAUCUACCAUUUCUCUCCAGUCACUGCAACUGGAUGUAUUAACAGAUAUCUAAAAACUUACUUGACUUUACUUUACAUCUGACGCAGCCAAUCUUUUUAAGAAAAAAACCAUGAGAUUAAGAAUGUAGUGUUGUGGUUAUGGUUCCUGGAGUGUUCAUUUAACCAUAUUAUAGACUUUCGUUCGUGACCUCCGUUUCUCAUAAACCUUCUUUUAGAAUAUGUCACUUAUUUUAUGAUUGAAUGUGAUAUGGCAAGACUUCGUUUCGUUUAAAAUGCUUCAAUUAAAUAUUAUUUCAAAAUAAAAUUAAAAUGCUGUUAUUGUGUUUACUCUGUUUCAAAAUUUUUCAGAGAAACAGAUGUGCCUAUCGAUGUUGAGACCAUCAACCCCACUCCUAUGCCAUUAUAUGACAAUCAGAAGGCACGAAGUGUGAUGAACGAAUGUGAGCGUCAUGUAAUCUUUGUGAGGACAGACACAGAAGCACCUCCACCGCCCGAUGACUGGGAAGACCAUGUCAACAGGUGAGUGCGCUAUACAGGUGAUGAAAUGCCAAGCAAGCUAGGUUUCUAGUUAGAUGUUGUGUCACUAAUGAGAAGUGUAAAUAUAUCUAAGGUGACUACCUUAGAAAAACACACAAAUGUGGUAUAUUAAUUAUUUGUUUUUACAAUAUUUUAUUAAAGGGAUGCAUGACCUUGUUCAACAUAUUUUUAAGGGUUCUAUAAAAACAGUAGAAGAACAGGCAGGGAAAGGAAUAGGACAGAGAUGAGAAACAACCAAAGCUGAGGCAUAUUCAAAAUGUAGAAUCCGGGGAAUCCAAGUAUUGAGAACAUGUUCAUGUGAAUCUUAUUGCUCUUCAUCACUUUAAUGUGCUAGACUUUUUUUGCAUGGUUGGUAGACCUAAGAGGUACCUUGCCAGGGUUGAGCAAGUCUCUCUUUCUAGCUGAGGUACAAAUACUGGGGAUAUAACAUGUUUGGAAUUGGGAUGCCUUUGACGGUGCACUGUAAGCUUGGGGUCAUUUAAAAUAUCUGUGUGUAAGAAGUACUGAAUGAUCAGAAAAUCUCCAUCCACAAUGUUUUUAUAAAUUGGUGACAUUUCUGUUGCAUUUUAUAUUCCAAGAUAAUUGAGCAUACACAUGCAAACACCAAUUAAGGAUGUUUUGCCCAUACUUUUUUUUUUUUUCUUUUUUUUUUUAAGUAACUAUUAGUUAUGUUAUUAGAUUUACACAAAAGCUGUACAGGACCAUCCUGGCAUCAGAUACAGAUUACUACUAAAUAUGUUUAGAUGUUUUUGCUUGAUUGUGUUAUGUAAGCAUUAGAGCAUUACAAAAAGAAAAUGCCUGUGGUUCGUGUGGGAGUUAUGAGAAAAUGGCAGUUAUUAGUCAGUAAUGCAGGAAAACUGACAUUUUUUUAAAAAGAAAUUGAUGCUUUUUAGCAAAUAAAACCAUUGCCUCUCCUUCUCCCUGUCUUUCAACUACCAUAUUCAUCUACUUUACAACUUUAAAGGUAUGUCCAGCUCCAUUGCCUCACUUUUUUAUUGUGUGUGUUUAGUAACGAUUCUGACAGCAUUGGCAAAAUGUCUGUUUUAUUCACUCUUUUAGCCCGAGUUUGUGAUAUUAGUAAAAGCAUAGUAGUGGAGGCUUAAAGUUACACUCUAGACUCCAAAAGCACUUAGGUUUGCUGAAAAUCUUUGUGUGAAGAGUGGCACAUUUAUAAAUUAACCUUGUUGCAUUCCCUGGAUGUCAAUCAGACAUCCGGUUUUGUUAAAGGACCACUAUAGGCACCCAGACCACUUCAGCCUAAUGAAGUGGUCUGGGUGCCAGGAACAGCUAGGGUUAACCCUUUUUUUUUUUAUAAACAUAGCAGUUUCAGAGAAACUGCUAUGUUUAUAAAUGGGUUAAUCCAGCCUCUAGUGGCUGUCUCUUGACAGCCGCUAGAGGCGCUUGCGUGCUUCUCACUGUGAAAAUCACAGUGAGAAGAUGCCAGCGUUCAUAGCAAAGCAUUAUAAAUGCUUUCCUAUGAGAUUGGCUGAAUGCACACAGCUCCUGCCGCGCAUGCGCAUUCAGCCGAAGCGGAGGAGGAGAGCUCCCCGCCCGACGCUGGAGAAAGAGGUAAGUUUAACCCCUUCCUCCCCCCUCAGCGCCACGGGAGUGGGACCCUGAGGGCGGGGGCACUAUAGUGCCAGGAAAACGAGUAUGUUUUCCUGGCACUAUAGUGGUCCUUUAAUUCUUGGUUUGUUUAGCUCAGUAUAGCUAGACUCAAAAGGCAGAGCACCUGCCUUGCAAAGAUUUCUUAUUCAGCUGCAUUGGGAAGUCUGUGAUUGGACAACCACAGAAAGUCUUUAUUGGGGAAAAAAAGAGGAGGGCUUGCAAAGGCUGCAGACAAUGUGGGCAUUUGCAAUUUGUUUUUAGAUAUUCCCCAAUGGAAAAAAAAAAAUCAGUUAAGAUUUCAUAAGCUUUGGUCACAAUAAUUACGAUUCGAUAUUAUUCAGCAUUAAUAGGAAUGGAAGUAAGUUAUUUAUACACGAGUGGUAGUACAACUUCAUAGUAUGGGUCUAUUCACUUAUGAUGUAACUGUGGUUAUUAUGUGGGUUUUAAAGGGGUAAAGGAGGUGAAGCGAUUUGGUAAUAGUAAGAUAAUAUAUAAGAGGUAAAGCCGUUUUAGAUCACAAUAGACAGGGGGAGUCGGACCAUGUGUGUGUGUGUGUGUGUGUAUAUAUAUAUAUAUAUAUAUAUAUCUAUCAAGGAAAUAUGUAGAUAGAAUGGCUAAGGCAGGGGAAAGGAGAGGGAGGACUUGUACUAUCAUAUUUAAGAGCUGGAGAGAUAUGUUGAACAGAACUAGAAUAGCAAUUUAUUGUAAUAUGUUUUUUUUAAACCAACACGAUCCAAUAUCCUAGACAAACUAACUGAUCUAUUGAAGGCUAUAGUGUUAAAUAAAGGUCGGAUAUUUGGAAUACUGUUUGGUCUCUGAUGAGGUCUGGAGAAUUUUUUUUCUUUUCAUUUAUUUCUGCAAUUAUAGGUAGGUCCGGUUCAGGUAGAUAUAAGUACACAGGUCUCCUUAUUUUGCUUCUUUCCUGGGAUACUUUCCAUAUUUCAUAUUAUAUCUUGGAAUUAUAAUGACUGAGGGAAGGGAGAGGAGAGGGAGAUUAGUACUAUUAUAAUGGAUAGCUGCAAAAUACAUCAAGUAGUGUCAGAUUAGUAAUUUAUUGGGUUAUGGCUUUAGGAGCUAGUGUGGUCAUAUAUUCUAGUCAAAGUUGACAGCAUUGUGGAUUGCCAUUUGACCGAUUUUGGGCUAGAUAUUUGGAAUGCCAUUUGGUUUCUGAAGAGUUUGGAGGCCUUCCUCCUCUCGCUAGGGUCUCUAUUCCUGCAAUUAUAGGCAGGUCUUGUUCAGGGGGCUUCAUAUAUAUAUGUAUGUAUGUGUGUGUGUAUGUAUAUAUAUAUAUAUAUACAUAUAUGUGUGUGUGUAUAUACGUCUCCCCACUGGAUUACCAAGAGGCGGUUUGUUUCCCCUCUUGAAUUAUUUUUUGUUUUAUGUACUUUAUAAUGUAAAUGUGUAUUCUUUUUUUUGUUUCUGUUUUUUCUUUUUUACUUUUCUGAGACUCGAUUUGGGGUGUAAUCAGGACAAUAGGUGUUAUGAUGGCACUUAAUGUGAUAUCAUGGAAUGUCCAGGGUUUGAAUUCACCACAGAAAAGGGGAGCGGUCUAUAAAUUUCUAAAUGGAAAUGAUAUUGAUAUUGCUUUUAUUCAGGAGACACACUGGAUUAAUCCCCCAGAGAGACUCUGGAAGUUUAAGAAAUUCCCGUUGAUAUUUUCUUCUAAUAUGGAGGGGAAUAAAAAAAAAGGCACUGCUAUCAUAAUCUCUAGCAGAAUUAAUUUUGAAAUGAUACAUCUAACUGGGGAUCCAAUGGGAAGAUAUGUGAUACUCAUCGCAAAAAUUAAUGGUAUUAUAUAUACUUUGGUUAAUAUUUAUGCACCAAAUUCGUGCCCAGGGGACUUUUUGGAUAAAACUAUGGAAAAGGUUGAUGAAUUAGCAUGUGGUAACAUCAUAAUUGGGGGAGACUUUAAUUGUGUAUUGGACCCAGCACGGGAUAAAAGCCAUAAAAAUGUUAGAGAUUAUAAAUCUGUAAAUACCUAUGUUUCUGAUUUUUCUAAAUUUCUAGAUAGGAAUUCUCUAUUUGACUGUUGGAGGACUUUUAAUCCUAGUGAGAGAGAUUACACUUUUUUUUCACAUGUCCAUCAGACCUAUUCUCGAAUAGAUAUGUUUUUGGUGAAAGCUGGGUUUUUAAGUUCUAUUAUUAAAUCCAAUAUUGGAUCCAUAGUUGUAUCAGAUCAUGCACCAGUAUUCAUUAAGGUUAAGUUAAAAGGUGGUCUUAGACCAAGGACAAGGUGGAGACUUAACGAAAGCCUCUUGAAAUCAGAGUGCAACAUUGAUUUUUUUGUCAUCUGAAAUUGAAAACUUUUUGAUUACCAAUGAUAAUGGGGAAGUUUCUACGGUAAUGGUAUGAUGCACCCUUCAAAGCUAUAUAAGGGGAUUAUUGAUUAAACUUGGCUCUGAAUCUAAAAGGAAGAAUCUCUGCAAGAGUUAAGAAUAAAAUUGGCAAAUAAGGAACGUCUAAAUAAAAAUAUGGUGAAUAAAGACUUAAUUGAAGAAAUAGCUAAAUUAAGGGAAACUGUCAAAGAUAUAAUUUAUGAUAUGGUCAAUAAAAAUAUACUAUUCCUUAAACAACGAUGGUACCAUAACAAAAUAAAUAAAGACCUUUCUAAUAAAAUUAAAAAUAACCUCAAAGAUAAAUCUAUAAAAAAAAUUGUCUUAGGUGAUAAACAUUUAGUGUCACCAAAUGAUAUUGUAAAGGCAUUUGCGGAAUUUUACAAAUCCUUAUAUAACCUACAGGAGGUAGGGAAGAGUAGAGAAGAAAUGGAUACAUUUUUGAGUAACCUUAAAUUACCAAAAAUUAACCAAAGGAAGUUGGAAAUGCUGAAUGCCCCAUUCUUAUUAUCAGAAGUAACAGAAGCAAUAGAUAAGUUAAAAUUGAAUAAGGCUCCAGGCCCAGAUGGCUUUUCAACAAUGUUCUAUAAAACUUUUUCUAGACUCAUUUCCCCUAUCCUUUUAGAGAUGUUUACGAAGGCGUCCACUGAUACCCCCUUCCCUAAUGAGAUGUUAUUGGCUUCAAUCAUUCCUAAACCCAAAGUAGGGAAAGCCCCAACACUUAUUACUAACUAUAGACCUAUAUCUCUCAUUAAUUUAGAUAUAAAGAUAUUCUCUCAAAUAUUGUCCAAUCGACUUAAAGAGGUAAUUGGAGAACUGAUUGACGUUGAUCAGUCUGGAUUUGUGCGAGGGAGAGGUACUACAGAUAAUACACGUAGGAUAUUUAACUUAAUACAUAGAAUAAAUGAGCAUAAAUGGGGAUCUGUUAUUAUGGCCCUCGAUGCUGAGAAGGCCUUUGUCAGAGUCAGUUGGAGAUUCCUGGACUCUGUCAUGGGCCAAUUUGGCUUAGAGGGUCAGUUUAGACAUAAAACUAUGUUGUUAUAUAGGAGUUCUACAGCUAAAAUAAUUAACCCUUUUGUUGAGUCUGACCAUUUUGAGGUCAAAAAUGGUACUAGACAGGGUUGCCCUUUGGCUCCCCUGUUAUAUAUUCUUACAAUUGAACCUUUGGCCACCUUGAUCAGACAGGAUACUAAUGUAAAGGGGGUCAAGUCUGUCAAUGGGGAAACCAAGGUUUCCCUUUUCGCAGACGAUGUCCUCCUUAUCCUGACGGAUCCGAUGGUUUCAAUUCCAUCAGUAUUGGAUGCUAUAUCCAUCUAUAGUAGUUUCUCCAACUAUAAGGUCAAUAUGAAAAAAAAACAAAUUUUAGCCUCUUUUUUUACCUGAGGCUCAGAAAAAUCUUCUGACUGCACAUUUCCAACUCUUAUGGGCAAAAGAUACUAUUGGCUAUUUGGGGAUUAAAAUAUCCUUUGAUAUAGAGAGGAUGAUACAAACAAACUAUGAUAAAUUAUUAAGAGAUCUGCAACAACUGGUAGACAAAUGGAGGAAGAUUGAGUCCUCAUGGAUAGGAAGAUUAAAUAUGAUCAAGGCAUUUCUGAUACUAUCUUAGGGCGAUUCCUUAUAGACUGGGGAAAGGUAUUCUUAACAGUUUUCAAACUCUGAUUUCCAAAUGUAUUUGGGCAAAUAAACCACCUAGGAUAGCUUUUGACACUCUUCGAAGGAGCUAUCAGAAGGGUGGAAUAGCAUUUCCAGAUGUUGAUAAAAUCCAUGAAGCAUAUAUGGCGACUCAUCUUCUACAGUGGCUAGACAAGGAACAGGGAUAUAAAUCAUGGCUUACUCUAGAACAGGAGGAUAGCCCUAGAUAUAAAUUGUUCAUUCUUUUUUGGAUGGGUAUGUUGAAUUUGGGUGAACUGGAUACCAAGUAUUUUUCGAACCGUAUAUUGAUAGAUAUGAUCAAUACCUCCAAAAUCCUAAAUAAAAAAUUGAAGUUAGAAGAUAAAUUAUUAUAUAGGGUUCCAUUAGUGGUCCUACAACACAUAAUGGAUAAUAUAAAUGUUCAAUCUUGGACACACCUAGGCCUAGUGAAGAUCUCGGAUUUAUGGGAUGGAUUUAAACCCAUCCCAUUUAUACAAUUGCAAGAAAAGUAUAAUCUUUCCCCUAGAGAUCUUUUUCAAUAUCUAAGGAUUAAGAAUUUUUUACUAUCUCGGACUAUACUUAAGGACCACAAUGUUAAUCCCCUUAUUGUAUUAUAUAAAAAGAAGGGAGGGAUUUCUAGAUUUAUUAAAUUGCUAGAAUCAAUGGAACAAGACUCUCAUUCUACCUCUUUUGUUAAAUGGGAACAAGAUAUUGGGGAAUCCUUUCCACUUCUGGAAUGGACCAAAGCUACACUCCUAGUUAAGCGCUGUAUACAUAGCAUCUCUCUCUAUGAAACACAUUUAAAGAUAAUAUAUAGGUGGUAUAUGGUACCGGCUAGACUAUAUAAAAUAUCAUCUGUACAUUCUAAGAAUUGUUGGAGAUGUGGAAAUGAGGAGGGCACUAUUUAUCAUAUAUGGUGGGAGUGUCAGGGUCUUAAUAAUAUAAAAAUUCAAAUGCUUGGCCUUAUUAAUUCUAUUUUUAAGGAGAUAAAGAGAAAAGGUUGAGGGCUAAUUUCUUUUAACAUUGGUUUCCCUUCGCAAGAUAAAUAUAAAAAAUAUCUUUUGACCCAUAUAUUUUUUGCCAUUAACAUAUGUAUAGCUAGGGCUUGGAAAUCUUCUAUCCCAUUAAUAUGGCACAAUAUUAUGGAGCAAAUAGAUUAUCAGUACAGGAUGGAAUCAAACCCCUUUUUUGGCACUAGAGAUGUGGCCAAACUAUGGUUACCCUGGACAAAUAGACAGAAUAUAUGAUAACAGAUUGUGGUUCCCCCCCAUAUCGAGUCUCAGAGAAUGUAAUUUAUUCGUAUUAUAAUUUUUUUUUAUUAUUAUUAUUUUUUUUGUUUGUUUUUUUUUAUUAUUAUUUUAUUUAUUUAUUUAUUUGUAUGUUUAUCAAUGUGACAGCUAUACCAUGGAAAUUUUGGGUGUGAAUUCCUUCUGAUAGCGAUUGGCAGUGGACAAAUGUAGCGUGAUUGAAAUAUACAUCGUGUGUACGAUGGUUUUCAAUGGAAACACUGUACUUUAUGUUGAAACUUUCGGUGUUUAAUUUUACACAGUGCCUAUAUUACAAUAUAUUGCCAGCUCAUCUAUGCUUUUAGCACUUAUAUUGAUGGGGGUUUUUUUCUGUUUGCUUGUUUAAUUUUUGUUGUGUUUUUAACAUUUAUCUCUGUGUCUGGUUGUCUUAAUGCGCUGGAGGAUUGCCUUUGGGGUACCUCACAUGAAUAUGUUAAAACUUUCAUAUAAUAAAAAUAAAGAAAUAUAAAAAAAAAAAGAUUUCAUAAGUUGUGUGUGCCAUGUAAUUGUACUCUUUAAUACAAUGCGUACCAAUAAUGCCACUUCAAUGCCAGACACCAACAUCUCUUAUCUUCAGGUGUGGAUAGAGUUCUUGCCAGAACAAAUGACAGUUUAAUUCCAGUUUGUGAUAACUCGUUCUUCCAGGUCUGGAUGGAGUCCUUCUCAGAACAAACUUUUCAACAAGAUCCUGAAAGCUCUUCAAUGUGAUCGGCUUGCUCGACUUGCUAAUGAUGGGGUGAGUUUUUACAUUUUAAUAAAAAUAACUAGUUAGUAGGUAAAACAUAUUCUUUUGUGUCAUGCUUGGUUGACCAAUUAAUAUUUGCUGUGGGUUUGUUUUUGUUUGUUUUUUUAAUUAAUUUAUUUAUUUUACAAAUAACUGCAGUUUUAAGUCUCCGAGCAGGGACAAUGGUUACAGAUUAGCCUCUGCAUCAUAAUAUUUGCAGUGAUGUAAUUGUGGAUGGACUAAUCCUUUAAAUGGACAUUGUAGGCACCAAAACAACUUUAGCUUAAUAAAGCAGUUUUGGUUUAUAGAUCAUUCUCACUGCUUAAUUCUCUGCCAUUUAGAAGUCACUUUGUUUAUAUAAUUCUAGUCACACGUCCAUGCAAGUGACUCGCACAUCCUUCCUAAACACUUCCUGAAAAUUAACGUAGAUAUUCUAGGUUCCUGUAUUGCACAUUCUGUUUAAUCUAGAAUUUCUUAACUCCUGCUUUCGUAAUGGCCUCCUAAGCCCUGCAGGAUACUCCUGUGUGUGAUUAAAGUUCAAUUUACAGAGCAGGAGAUAAAAACUUAAAGGGACUCUAUAGUCACCAGCUGCAUUAACAGAGUGAUAUAACUCCUAAAUGGCAGAGAAUCGAGCAGUGAGACUGCAGGGGCAUGAUUUAUACAACCAAACUGCUUCACUAAGCUAAAGUUGUUUUGGUGACUAUAGUGUCCCUUUAAAUUAACAUCUAAUUGAAAAUCAAACUAUUUUUUUCAUGCAGUCUGUGAGUCACAGCCAGGGGAGGUGUGGUUCGGGCUGCAUACACAGAAACAAAAGUGAUUUAACUCUUAAAUGGUAGACAGUUGAUCAGUGAGACUGCAGGGGUAUAUAAUAUAUACACUACAACUGCUACAGUUUUUUUUAUGCAUAUAAAGAAAAAUCUACCUUUAAUGUCUUUUUAUUUUAUACGGUUUCUUGUAAUCGGGACUGCGCUAUUUUUAAUAUUUUGAGACAAGCCAGGUGUGACACAAUAAAACUUCUAACCAUUUUCAAGAAAAGCAUGAAAUUCUAAAAAAUACAUUAAUGAACACAUUGCUUACAGUGUCAUGUUUAUUUAACUGAUUAUUGCUUUGUCUCAUGAGGCCUCCAAUGAACCAGUGUUACGAAGGAUUGCAGUGGAUAAGUGUGCACGACGUGUACGCCAGGCUCUUGCUUCAGUGAGCUGGGACACAAAGCUGGUCCAAUGGUUACAUGGAACUUUAGUGGAGACACUCAGUCUUCCAUUGCUUGCUGCAUAUUUGGAUGCUUUGCAGACUCUUAAAGGAAAGGUAAUGCUGUUCAUGUUAUAAGACGUACUUGCAAAUCCGUUUUGCAGACAUCAAUUCAAGAGUUCAAUAACAAGCUCUCUCUGAUCCUUCAAAAAAGACACUUUGCAGUGUAUGUCCCUGGUUUAUAUUUGUGCAUAUUUGAUGUUUGAUUAUGAGAACAGAAAAUAAAGAAUAAAUAGCACCUGGACUAAAAUACUAUAUAUUGCAUUUAUAUUUUUCCUUUUUUUAUUUGGAAAUGCAUUUGACAGAUGAACAUAUGAAGAGUAUCAGAGCGAUGACUUCUUAAAUGUAAACUAUCCUUUCAGAUCCCAGGUCUUAUAGACCGAAUGUUGCUCACCUCCACCGUCAGAGCAGGAGGAGCAAGUGCAGAAGCCCUUUCCUUGCUCCUCAAGAGGCCAUGGGACCCAGCAGUUGGAGUCUUAUCACAUAACAAACCGGUAAGAAGAGUUCUGCAUAGACUUAUAUAGCAAACUGAUCAGUUGAUUUGUUUUAGUGGUACAUAGUGUGGUCCAUUCUAUCUCCCUUUAUCUAGAACAAGCUUCCUGGCUCACCCCUUAUCCUCAUUGCUCCCUCUGGACCAACCAGCUCUGUAUUCCCUACAUCAAGAAGGCACCGAUUUUGGCAGUCUCAGCUCUCCUGUUUGGCCAAGGUAUGUGACAUUCAUUUACUAUAUAUGAAAAUAAUUAUUUUUGGUAAUGUUUGUUGGAAUAUAUACUCUCUACAAUACUUUGGUAUUUUUUAAAUCGAAAUGUCUGAAAAUGGUAUCUACAGUCAGACAUUCUGUUGGGAUGCUGGAGAGUAUUCUAGCACACCUUGCAAUAUAGUCAGUUUGGAAAAAAGGAAAUAGGCCACAACAAAUCAUCCUCUUUAGUUUUCACAUUGACUAUAGACUCCUUAUCCCAAGUAGUCAUACUUUUUUUUCUAUUUUUUUUUUUUUUCUAAAUCAGAGUUUUAUUUGUUUAAGCAGUUUUUAUACAUCCGUGAGAUUCGCAGAUCCCCAGAAAAAAAAAAUAUAUAUAUAUAUUUUUUGUAAUUCAAUAACAAGUAAAAAGUCUAGUCAAAAGUUAAACACAGGUGAUAUACAUUGUUAUCUGAGCUCGCAGGCGCCCAAUGUUGAUGGACACACAGGUCCCUUGUGGUGCUCCCUCUAUUAAGUGUGUAGAAUAUGUUACAAGGAUCAAGAGGGGAUGGGAGGGUUAGUAGUAAGAAUGCAUAUGUGUAUUUUCAAUUUUCAGCUUCAUUCCUACAUCAAUAGACAUAUUCACAAAUACCGGACACUUCGCAUGAGUCGUAGUGUGUAAUGAGGUCGGUGUUGGAGUUGUCACUACAGACUAGUUCUGUAGGCUUAUGCAUAGCGCAUGUGGCUUCCGGGAUUCAUCCGAUUGGUGUUUUUGUUCUGGGUUCGCCGCUAGAGCUGGCUUCAUGUUCCCCAACUGGUUACUUGUGCGCUUAGUGCUACUCUUUUUGUGUCCGUUAAAAAAACAAAGCUUGGGCUGUCCGUUCGUGAUUAUGGUCUGUGUGUCUUGUUGCGUUCCGUAACGUAAGUGUCAGGGCAUGUUUUAUGUUUAAUCCUGCACAACAGGGGUGCUGUCUGCAUCAGGCCCUCAUCCCUAGUUUCUCCUCUAGUCUUUAUCAGGCGAGUUCGCUUUCGCUUAGUAUGUAGAGGUAUUCUGAUCAGUGCGGCGAGCUAGGUGGGUGCAGUCCCCCGCCUAGCGCACAGUUGAAUGUUAUCGGGAUCAGGGGUCUCGGUUGGGGCGAUAUAUGCUGGUUCCUUCUCAUGGUUGUCCACGACUUCAGCGUCUACACGAUGGGUGAUUCGCUGCCUAGCUUUCAUGCGGCGUCGGCUGUGCCCUGCCAUAUGUACGUGUGGAGGGCCUUGUUCGUGCUUUCCCUAUCCAGGGCUGCCCAUAGUUUGUUAGCCGGUGCCGCAUGCCAUUCACGGAUCCUCUGGAGCACCGUUGCUUGGUAGUAUUUACGGAAGUCUGGCAGUGCUAGGCCUCCCCACGCUUUGGGGAGACAUAUCUUGUCGUGGUUGAGGCAGUGAGUGCUCCAUUAACCCGUACCCUUGCACUGGGAUCAGUGUACAACGCCUCGAUCCAGGUGAUCAUUCCCCUUCCCAGGCCAAUCCUGUUUAGCGUUGCCAUCAUGAAGCUCCACGUUACCCGGUCAAAUGUUUUUUCUGCGUCUGUGGAAAGCAUUAUGAGGUCAGUUUUCUCUUUGAGGGCCAGACCUUGUAUGGCGAACGCCCUUAAGGUGCUGUCCCUGGCUUCCCGGUCUGGUAUGAAACCUGUUUGUCUUUUUUUCUAUUCUUAAAGGACCACUUUAGGCACCCAGACCACUUCAGCUUAAUGAAGUGGUCUGGGUGCCAGGUCCCUCUAGGAUUAACCCUAGGAUUAACCCUUUUUUUUUUAUAAACAUAGCAGUUUCAGAGAAACUGCUAUGUUUAUAAAUGGGUUAAUCAAGCCUCUAAAGCCUCUAGUGGCUGUCUCAUUGACAGCCGCUAGAGGCGUUUGCGUGCUUCUCACUGUGAAAAUCAUUAAUGCUUUCCUAUGAGACUGGCUGAAUGCGCCCGCAGCUCCUGCCGCGCAUGUGCAUUCAGCCGAAGAGGAGGAUCGGAGGCGGAGAGGAGGAGGAGAGCUCCCUGCCCGGCGCUGGAAAAAAGGUAAGUUUAACCCCUCCUUGCUAUCCACACCGGCGGGAGGGGGUCCCUGAGGGUGGGGGCACCCUCAGGGCACUAUAGUGCCAGGAAAACGAGUAUGUUUUCCUGGCACUAUAGUGGUCCUUUAACUUGUAACAUCAUCUAAAAAAUCGUAAGUAGGCGGUUUUAGGUUGGGGCACUUUUUAUUUGUUCUCUUUCUCACCCGUGUACCACAUGGUUCUCAGUUUGAGUGUGAUAUUUCACAUAAAUAUGUGUAUCCUUAUUGUAACCUGCCAAUUCUUUCACUAUUUUUAAUCCAAAAGGUCAUUCCAGUUGGCACUCAGUUGCUGAAUAGUGGCAGUGGGGUGUCUUCAUUGCAGUGCCUGGAAAACAUGAUUAGUGCAUUGCGGGGAAAAGUCCUUGAGGUAUUUCUUCCACAGAGUUAUAUUUUAACCGCAAAUCAUUACGUAGACUUAUUCCAGUUUGUGAAUUCUUAUAUUUUCCCUAUUUGUUUGCUUCUUCAGAUUCACAGUCACUUCCCACACAAACCAGUUAUCCUCAUUGGGUGGAAUACAGGGGCAUUGGUUGCCUGCCAUGUAAGUGCCUAAACAAUUAUUGCAUAUCAUAUUGAACUAUAUUAACAAACUUGCUGAGCCUGGCAUCAGUAUUUAAAUAGCAAUCAAUGUUUGCAUACUGAAGGAGAUUCAUAGUACUAGCCCUAAAUGCUUUCAUGCAGCUUUCAGCUACCCAUCCCUAGGCCAAAAAUGGAAAGGUAUGUCAGAGUUCUGGGCAUACUUCUAUAUGUCCUGGAUUGUUCCUGGUCUAGUCUGCAUCAGGACUGUACCUGAUCCCUUAUUCAAUGUGCUUGAGAUGCUGGCCAGUGUUUAUCUGCAUUGUCUGCUUGUCUCCCCCCGUCUGCUCUUCUAAACAAACAUAUGACAUUAUAAAGUAUAUAAUACUUUCACCCUGUUGUUUUGAUACUAGUUAGUGUGAUGAGACACAGCAUAAAACAUUUAUAAUUAAUGCUACCUCUCUGUUAAUAUCUGUCAGGUGUCUUUGAUGGAAUAUGUGACUGCAGUUGUCUGCCUUGGAUUUCCUUUGCUCACUAUGGACGGACCACGAGGAGUGAGUUAUAUGACAAUCUCUUUGCCUAAUCUGCUUUAAGUGCCCAUUGGGUACCGUGCCUACACAUACAUUCUUGUCUAGUAAAGUAAUAAUCUGAAAGCCAUAAUACAUUUUAUUAGGCAGUGAUAGUAGUUUCAAAUUUUCAUAAUUUAAUGGUUCCAUAAAUGUUGUUUAUUUGCUGGUCAAUUUGUUUGCCUUUAGUCCUUGCAUACAUUUGAAAGUGGUUUAAUCUGGGACAUAUUUCAAUAAUUUGCAAAAUAAGUUUCUAAUUUAGUAAAAUUGUUCUUCAUGGGAAGGGUGUUAGAAUUCCAAUAUAAGUGAUAGCAGGGGACAAUGGUUGAACCUCCUCCAUAAUACGACAGGAAUCACUAAUGCUGCCCUAAUACUCUUUGCUAUUAUUAUUUUUACCGCAUGUGUGAAGACUGUGUUGUCAUUUUCGGGGAACCUCCCCCACCCCCAUUCCCGACUUUCAAACAGACAACCUGUCCUGUCACUCCCUGGUUUGUUUAGCUCAGUGAUGCUAAACUCAAGAGGUAGUCGAUUGCCAAUAGCACCUGCUUCCUUAUAAUGAUUUCCCAUUGAGCUGUCUAUAUCUAAUUUAUAUUUUUUUUAUAUUUGGGGGGGGGGGUUGGAGAUUUCCUGUAAUAGUUUGCCUUGCUGGGGUGUUUGUCUUGUGCAGCUACUAUGUAUUAUAGGAUAUUUCUGUGCAUUGUAGUGUUAUUGGAAAGAGUAGAUACAGGUCUAUUUCUGCCAUCUAGUAAGAAAUGCUGCUGUUCAAUGUAGUUUUCAGAUGAGUAAUAUCAAUGACACCUACCGGAUUCUCCCCUUUGCAUGAGUGAUUUAGAGAAGGAUUCUGCAUUUUGCUAGACAUUUUUACAGCAGUUAAGAAGGUGGAGGCCACGGAUUUUGGGGGUGAUUAACAGUGUCCAUCCUGAUAAACUUUUGUAGACCCUGGGGUGGUUAAAGGCACACGCCAAGUAGUUAGGUGGAAGGUCGUGUUUGCAGUCACGGCUAGAACAUUUUCAGCUCUCCUAGUGUUUUCUUUGGGACGGUGUACCUUAGUGUACAUAAGCAAGUAGAUUUUCUCAUGUCAUCUCAUCAUUUGGAGUAAGGAAAGAUGAAUGAGAAAACUUCAAGUGAACUGAAGCACCUUUUGGUUUCCACACACUUGUGAGAAUGCAUCCAAAGAGAUGUAUGGUAAAGGCACACAACCCUUCCAUUCAAAACAGCACGGAACUUGAUUUUCACAGUCGUUUCAUAAAUUGUCUGUAAGACAUAAAAUGUACAUUUGUAAAUCUACACUGAAGUGUCUCUUUGUUUGUCCACAUAAAACUCUUACUAAUUGGAGAAUGGUUGUAGGACCAUUUGAACAUAAAUAAUUACUUGAUUUAAGGUUCAUUGUUUUUCUUGACUUCAAUUUUGUCCUGUUUAGGAUGUGGAUGAUCCUCUACUUGAUAUGAAGACUCCAGUACUCUUUGUGAUUGGCCAGAAUUCCCUUCUGUGCCAUCCUGAAGCAAUGGAAGAUUUUCGAGAGAAGCUCAGAGCUGAUAACAGUCUUGUUAUUGUGGGAGGGGCUGAUGAUAACUUGCGGUAAGGAUGAGUUGAGGUUUACCAUGUCUUUUUAAUUUCCAUGCUACAGCUUUCUGCAACCAUUCAUGCAAAAUGUCUCCGUUGUGUUUCCUGACAGUUCUUUUUUCUGUAAGUAACUGUAAAUGUGUUAACAGGAGUAUUUUAUAGACGUAGAGGGGUGAUGUUUGGGAGGGGGCAAGGAUGGUGUUUUUGUGGGAGGAGGCCAAAAAUUUUGGUUUGACAUCAAGCCCUUAAUAUUUUUUUUUUACCCUUGCUGGACCCCUGAUGGAAGGUAUUAUGAAUAGUGAAGAGGGUUUAUUUUGGUAAUAAUACAGCUUUUAAAUUAUGUCUGUGAUCUUUCCUUUAUGCAGUAUUUAUCACAAAUAUUCAUUACAUGAUGUUCUAAAAUCAAGGAUUCUUUCUGUAAUGCAAGUUUGUUUAUAUAUUUAUUGUACAUAUUCACUGUGUAUAAUACAUUGCAGGGUAAAUAUGUUUGCUCAUUUUGCCUCUUAAAACUCUUAAGUAUUACUUGUAAUAGCAUGGCUACAGGUUGAGGAGAAAAGCUAGCCUAAAAGAAUAAAUGACUUGCUGAGCAUCGUGAAUAUUUUUCUCUGCAACAGUUGGUAUGCCAAAGCAUUUACAUUGCUUACAUUCCCAGAUUAUGAAUUUGACAAUCUUAGGGUUUGGUUUUUGUAUGUAAAAAGAAAUGUAUGGAAAUGCACACCUGGAGCGUGAAGGAGAUUUUUUAUUUCUUCUUUUAAAAAACAUUUCUGUCUAAAGGGUUAUUUCAAGAACAUGACCAUUUCAUUGAUUUGAAGUGGUCAUUGUGCUUGGAGCCUGUAUAUGCAGAGAAAAUGCUCUAUGGUUCCAAAGGUCUACAUCCACUUCUGGCAGCUUCAUUAGCAAGCAGGAACAAGAAUUCAUGGCUGGCUAAUGUUGAUUCUGUGCAUAACUGAUGUAUGUCGUCUGCAUGCUUGUGGCAGACUACCAAUGGCAGACGUCUCUCCUCCCCCUGUACCACCCAAGCUUUCCCAUCAGCCUGUCCAUUGGAACAUCCCUUCCUCACCAAUGAGGAGUAAUGAUGUCACUAGAGGUGGAUAUGGUUACUUGGAGAACUCAGGGCCGAGGUAAGUUUUUAUUAAAAAAACAACAGUUUUUGGUUGGAGCAGCCAGUUAAUCAGGUUUAAUUACCUGUUGACCUUUCUGUCAUUAGAAAUAUAUAUUGCUCUGAACAGGUAUAUAGUGACAGAAUGGUUUGUGUUGAAGUAUGGGUAGACAUUUGUGGGGGGGGUUUUAGAAUAGUAUAAUCAAGAAUUAUACACAUUAUUAUAAUCAAGGUGGUAAGGCAAAGAUAAGUGUACUAUUUCUGUUUCACAUUCCAGGAUAAGCAAAAUAAAGAAGAAGACAGAGAGCUUGACACAGAGUAUGGUAGACCGAUGUAUCCAGGUGAGAUGUGCAAGCAUAGUUCCCUGCAUUAUGAAAUAGGUUUAUACUGUACUAGGUUAGCCUUGUGGAACAAAUUGUGUCUCUUGGUCUGAUGCUGAAUUACAAUUCCCAUUAUGCUCACUCAGCCUAGGGCUCCCUGAGUGUUAUAGGAAUUGUAGCUCAUGGAGAUAUAUAGUAUUACAUUUUACAAAGCCCCUGGUAGCCAUGAUAUCUUUAAUAUAGUUUUCAUGACUAUGACAAUCAUGUCUUGCAAAGUCAUAAAAAAGCUCUACUGCAUUAUAAUUCACACAACCUGGAAAUAAGGAUCCUCUUUCAUUACAAUGUGCUGCAGUUAGAGCUUUAUUAACCAAAUCAAUAAUUGCAAGGGAAUUGCAGGUUAUUAUUUCACAAUUCCAUUCUCAUGUCUCCUCAUUUUUUGGUUUAGCAAAUGUAACCCACGUGUGGAGGAAUUGUAUUUCCCACUGUGGAUUCUGACUGGUAAAUGAUUGAAUGAUUAAAGUAUUUAUCAUACAAGACAAUUCUAAAUGUUAAUAAAAUUUGAAUUCUCAGACACUCAAGCUAUAUAAGUGGUCAUUCAUGAGUAAAUUUGAUUUGUAAGCCAUAGAUGAAUGGAGAAUAUUGCAGUCCUAAUUACUGAAGGAGUGGGAAAUGUAUUUUCCUCUGUUUUCCAUAAGAGCUAAAGGUGACUUGUAACUGCAGGUAUAUUCCUGUUAUAAUGUUUGCGGUUUUAAUUAUUGCUUUUGCAUUUAUCAUCUUUGCUUUUCCAUUAACAUUACAAGAAUUUGAUUUUAGGAUGAGAUUGCUGAUUUUUUGACUGGGGUCUUGACCCGAUCUGAAGGUCACACUGGCUCGGACCCCAGAGACCUUGAUGCUGAAAAAAAGAAAAAGUCCCGUGAAUUCUUACGGAGAGACCUUUCUCUGGACUUGUCAGAGAGGAACAGCAGACCUGCAUCCCCAGCAGCAAGAUUCCCUGCUUCCCCUUCUGGAUCUGAGGUGAGGAGAGAGCAGAUAAUAAAGGUCAAUCUCUGAAAAAAACAUUGCUGAUGUAAACAAUCCUCUUACUCCAUCUUUAUUUAAAAAAUUUUUUUUAAAUAGUUCUGUUGACUUGACUAUGCAGUUUGUUCUACUCAGCAUGGUGGAUAUGGUUUGAAUCACCAUAUGUCUAAAUAUAGUGGGGGGGGGAAAGAGAACAAAUUGUCCAUUUGGAUGCAAUGACCGAUCCUAAUAGGUAUUUUUACAGUCUGGCAUAAUAAAAAAUCCCAUGAUUCCUUGCCUGCAGUCUGUGAUCAUGAGAAUGAAAUAUGGUAGUGCUAUAAAAAUUAGUCGUAUCCACAUUUUAAAUGAGUACUUCGAGCACCAUAACCACUUAGCAUCAGCUGAUUGCUCUUUUAGACAAUGAGGUACAUCCUGCAUUGCAGGAAACUAAUACAUUUCGUGAUCUCUCUUAAGCCCAAUACCUUUAUUUUUAAAUCCUUAAAGGAUCACUAUAGUGCCAGGAAAACAUACUUGUUUUCCUGGCACUAUAGUGCCCUGAGGGUGCCCCCACCCUCAGGGACCCCCUCCCGCCCGGCUCUGGAAAGGGGAAAAGGGGUAAAACUUACCUUUUUCCAGCACUGGGCGGGGAGCUCUCUGCCUCCGAUCCUCCCCGUCGGCUGCGCGCACAUUCAGCCGGUCGCAUAGGAAAGCAUUAUCAAUGCUUUUCUAUGGACGCUUGCGUGCUCUCACUGUGAUUUGGGGGAAGGCUUAACCCUGUUAUAAACAUAACCGUUUCUCUGAAACUGCUAUGUUUAUAAAAAAAAUGGGUUUACCCUAGCUGGACCUGGCACCCAGACCAUUUCAUUAAGCUGAAGUGUUCUGUGUACCUAGAGUGGUCCUUUAACACUUUUUGAAAGGAUUUUCAUAAACCUCUCUCCACCACAACAUCUUUUACCUAGGAUUUACAUAGCUCUUGGCACUGAUACAGCCAUUUCUCCCCGGUUAUGUUAGCCAAACUUUGGUCUCAGUCCACACCGCUCAUGGUACAGUGUGAAGUGAUCCGCUGGGUCGUGGUUCAAACGUGAUGUCGUUCCUGGGGUUGCAUACCACCAUAUAUGGGCUCCUCUUUGGCGUAGCCAUUGAGUUAGGCAGUCCCAGGGUGGCAAGGAGGGGAGAUGCUCCCUCAACGAAGUUUACAACAUGGGUAGUUCCAUCAUGGAUUACCUCUAGAGUCCCGUUAGCACCCCACACCUGUAGGCUAUUCCUGCUGAUCGUAGAUGUGCGGUGAGCGGUCUGUAAGAUUUGCGCCACAGGAGGGUGGCUUUCGAUAGAUCUUGGAAGAACGUUAAUGAGGAGUUCUCGAAUAUCAAUGGUGUCUUGCCUUUCAAACCCACCAUUGUUGUUUUUGUUUUGUUUUUGAUUGGUCAACAAUAACAGGUGUUAGCAUUAAAUGAAAAGCCAGGAAGGACUGUUCUUUUCUUUUUUUGAGAAAAAAGAGGUAUUACCAAGCUUAGCAAGAUAAUUACCCCAGGAGGUCCCAUAGUAAGAAGAGUAAAUGAGGCAUCUGAGCAAGAAAUAACAGGCAUAACUAAACGUGGGAAAGUACCAUAGUUAGAAGGUGCCUGAUGUGGCAGUUCUUCGACCGAUACCGCCAUGGGGAUGCCCCGGAUUUUUAUGUGCGAGCGGCAUUGCCGGUCUCACAUGGCUGUCAUUUUGAGUGACAGAUACGUUUGUUGUUGCUGGAUACGUUUGUUGUUACUGGAUAUUUACCUGAAUAUUGCCUUCCUGCAGACUUCCUCCACACAUCUCUUGGAGACACUCUACCCACAAAUAACCCAAUGAACAUCCUACAAUUCACAUUAGGAGGUGUGGAAUGUGACUCUUCUGUUAUGCCAGCAUCACUAUGACUAACACAAAGAAUAGAUGACAUGUCAUGCUCAUUAAAGUGACUGUAAGAGAUAUUAAGCAUUAAAAGUCCAAUUUUACUACAUAACUAUAGUAUCAACUAUAUGACUAUCUUUUCUCUUUUUAAUUUAGGAUCUAUCUAGCAGUCCAGCUUCCAGUCCAAAGACCAAAUUAACUACCAUCCCCACCCCUCAUAAACCAGGACAGACCACAGUGCCUCUGAAAGCUCAGCUGCAAAGACCAGGAACACCAGUGAACCCCAAACAAUCACAAGGUUAGAGGCGUUGUACCAGGGAAAUCUAUCAGGCUGUUGCAGCCCUCCUAAAUACAUUUGUAUAAUUCAUUCUGUCAUUUGGCAAGCUCUCUAAUAGGAUCAUGAAUUGACUGCAGCCACAUAGGGUAACAUAAAGUUAAAACUGCUUAAAUUUCAGCAUUUGCUCACAGUCAAACCAAUAAUUCUCAAACAAUUAUUGUUAAGAUUGUGUAUAUAAAAGAGUCACUUAAAAUGCACACAUGAGAGCUAGACUGAAUGUGUAUGUGUGUGUAUAUAUAUAUAGAUAUAGAUAUAUCUUCAAAUGGAGAGUACAUACAAGUAUUUAUCUUGAAUAUAGUUCUUUAUUGAAGUAGACUGCAAAAUUACAAGAGCAAUGUUUCAGUCCCACAAUGGACUUUUAUCAAGAUGCUGAAUACAAAUGCAUAGUGUCCUUAAGUAGGACACUAACUGCUGAAAAUACAUGUGUACAAGACGGGGGUUGGUGUGAGGGAAACCAAUAACAAGGGUAUAGAUUGCUUAACGACCAAGCCCAUGAGAAGGGUUAUGGUGAAUUAAACAUAUACUGUAUUCGAAAGGCCUAUCUAAAGACACCAUGCACUUGCAUUCUGCAUCUUGAUAAAAUAUCCCUUGCCUGGAUGCUUAAACUGUGGCCAAACAAUGUAAAAAAUCAAAUGAAGAGAGUACUCACGGGUCUUUAUCAUAAAUAUAAUGUUGCUUUAUUGAAGCAGACUCCGUGCAAAAUUACAAGAGCAACAUUUCAGUCCCACAAUGCACUUUUCUCAAGAUGCAAAAGGUUUCGGUGUUUAAAAAAAAAAAAAAAAAUGCUGUAAACUAAAAUGCUGGCUAGGCCACUCCAGGACCUUAAUGUGCUUCUUCUUGAGCCACUCCUUUGUUGCCUUUGCUGUGUGUUUUGGGUCAUUGUCAUGCUGUAAUACCAAUCCACGACCCGUUUUCCAGGGAAGGAGGUUCUCACCCAAGAUUUGACGGUACAUGGGCCCCUUCCAUUUGAUGCGGUGCAGUUGUCCUGUCCCCUUAACAGAAAAACACCCCCAAAGCAUAAUGUUUCCACUUCGAUGUUUGACGGUGGGGAUGUUCUUGGGGUCAUAGGCAACAUUCCUCCUCCUCCAAACACAGCAGUUGAGUUGAUGCCAAAGAGCUUGAUUUUGGGCUCAUCUGACCACAACACUUUAACCCAGUUCUCAUCUGAAUCAUUCAGAUGUUAAUUGGCAAACUUCAGACCGGCCUGUACAUGUGCCUUCUUGAGCAGUGGAACCUUGCGGGCGUUGCAGGAUUUCAGUCCUUCACGGCAUAGUGUGUUACCAAUUGUUUUGCUUUGUGAAUAUGAUUCCAGUUGCCUUAAGAUCAUUAACAAGAUCCUAAUCUCAGCUCUUUACCUGUAUAAAACAUAUCUGGGAGGCAGAAAUCUUGCUGAUUGAUAGGGGAUCAAAUAUUUAUUUAACUCAUUGACAUGCAAAUGAAUUUAUAACUUUUUCGACAUGCAUUUUUCUGGAUUUAGUUUUUGUUAUUUUGUCUCUCACAGUUAAAAUACACCUACCAUUAAAAUUAUAGACUGAUCAUUUCUUUGUCAAUGGGCAAACAUUCAAAAUCAGAAGGGGAUCAAAUACUUUUUUCCCUCACUGUAUGUAAUCAUUUUUAUGAGACAAAAAUUGUAUUUAUGUGUGUAUGCAUAUAUUUCAGAUCAUGAAGAAAAAACAAGAAUACCUCCUAAUAUUAAAUAAAUAUAUCAAAUUUGGCACGUUUACUUUUAAUUGCUUGCGUAUUCCUCAAGCAAUAUAUACAUAAAAUUGAUGUUAUAUCCUUCAUUUGUGUGCUAGAUGCAUGACAUUGUUAAUUGAAAUGUUUUUUACUAUGUAUUUGGUAGUGAAGAGGUGAAAAUCACACGUCACAUUAUUUUUCUUGCAUUGUAAAUAAUCAAGAGAUAUAGCAAAACAUAAAUCAUAUUACAGAAUAAAACUGAUCUGCAUCAUGCACUCAGUUUUUUAGUUUAACACUCUUAUUUUAUUUGUAAUGUCCUUUAACGUUUGCACCUUAAAAAAUGUUUUUACUUUUUUUUUUUUUUUUAUGUUUUCACGAAUGCACAGGAAAGUUUUGUUUACAUGCAGAAUAAUAAAAUAAACUACUUGGUGUAUUUAUGUAAAGGUCUUCACUGAGAUAUUAGGUUGUCGAGAAAAGUUUACAAACAUACUUGUGAAAGAAAAUAAAUUAAACAGUUCAAUAAUCUGUAAUGAUGUGUUUAGGGUGGAAAUUCUUAAAAUUUCCUGUUUGACUGUUUUUCCGCAAUCAAAAUUUGGUGUUUGGCCAGUCUUGCAAUCAGAUAAGAUCUUCCUGUUUCCAUAUGGCUGAGUCCAAUUCACAUCUGUGUGAAUCUUAUUCUUCUUUUUUUUUUCAGCCCAGUUUGCUGCUUUCCUGAAGCAAAACAUGCUAGUGAGAAAGUCUCUAACUACAGGAUCACCCUCUUGUGUUUUUGGUGAGUAUUUCAUUUAGUAUACCACUCAGUUUUUUCAUGCAUAGCAGUAAAAUCCAUUUGGUGCAAACACAAAUGGGACACUCUAGGUAGCAAACAUUCAUAAAUAUGUCUGCAUGAGAGAUCAUCAUUACAAAUUCUCCUGAUUUGUUUUGCAUGUUUUUGGGUUUUUUGGCAGAGAAAAAACAUGCAGUAAUCUCAUACACAAUUCCUUCACUCAGUUUUUUUUAAAUUCCAAGACAUAAAAUUAAUAGAGUGGAAGAAAAUAAUAUUUGCUGACAUUUAAGAAACACAUGACUGUGUUUAUGCAGCCCUACGCAUGUUUCCCUUGACUGGUACACACUGUAUUUGUGAAUGUUUUUAAAUCUGCAACACACCCUCAAUAAAAAAAAGUUUUCAUUUUUGCAGCACAGUGACUUUACUUUAGAAGUUCUUAUUUCCUUAUCUGUUGAACCUAAUCACACACGAGGGGCUGCUUUGGGGUCUAGUAGACAAUUAACAGAGCAGGAGAUAAGAAAUUCCAAAUUAAACACAUUGUGCAAUAAGGGACGUAAAAACAAAAUUAAAUUUCUUAUAAGAAAGUGCGACUGUGUAAGUUUGUCAGGAGAUGUGUGGCUAGGAUUAUAUAAACAAAGGGAUUUAACAGAUUAUACACCAACACCACUUCAUUAAGCUAAAUCUUUAUAGGUGCGUAGUGUCCUUUUGCAGAUUUAAACAUUUUAUCUAGUGAUUUAUGACUAACAGUGAAUGUUGAUGCUGUAACCUGCACAUUUAAUGUAAGAAAUUCUUCAAAAGGUAUGAUAUACAGCUGCUUAACCCAUAUUUUAUAUUGAAGUCAUAUUCCAGAUUAGGGUUAAUCCAUCUAAAGUGGUCCAGCAUAGAUUACUUGACCGUUUUUAAUUUCCAUAAUUUAUUUUGAAUAAUUACCUCAAUGUAUUGGUAUUGCAAUAUCACAGGUUUUUAUUUUUAUUUUACUUGGUUUAAGCAUGGCAGCCAUCUGUGUCAUGUUGCACAUCACAUUUUUGGUUAUGCUGAUGUCUGUGGAAAUAUAGCUUUUAAUAGUAUAGUUAAAAUGUAAAUAGUGUAUAUGCUAUAAAUUUGAAAGAAAAAAUAAACUGAAAUAUAUUAACAAUGAACCCUAAAAGUUAAAAUCCUAAAGGGAAAACCAACUCACGCUAGGUGUAACUAUAAUCAAAAAGAAGUCCUGUUCAAAAGUUUUCAGGAUCCUUCUCCUAAUAAUAUGCAAAAAAACUGCGGUUUUUACAAUAGAAUAAAGUAUACAGGGUGAGUUGUGUCCCAAAAAUGCAAAAUAACUGUAUAUAACAAUGAUUAAAUCGCAAAAGUUAUGUGACGAUAGCACAGGGAUACCUGUAUCAAAUAUAAAUGUAACAGUAUCUUGCCAAAACAAAAAAGGAGAAACCUUUAGUUACAUUUGACAGUGUAUAGUAUUCACUGUCCCUGUGCAUCCAAAAACAAUGCACUAAGGCUCUUAGUCAGCACUAUUUACAUACAUAUAUUUUUUCUGAGUCUUUUUGGAUGCACAGGGACAGUGAAUACUAUACACUGUCAAAUGUAACUAAAGGUUUCUCCUUUUUUGUUUUGGCAAGAUACUGUUACAUUUAUAUUUGAUACAGGUAUCCCUGUGCUAUCUUCACAUAACUUUUGCGAUUUAAUCAUUGUUAUAUACAGUUAUUUUGCAUUUUAACUUGAUAGGGAAGUAUUAAAUCUAAAAUAUUCUGAAUUCCCAUUAUACUUACCUAGGUAUAGCCUAAACCAGAAAAUAGGACUGAGAUUCAAACCUGUACCAUUAUAAAUUCCACCUAAAACUGGAACUUGCAGUGAUCUUGACCAUUACUUUAGGACUUAAGUUCUAAGUCAAAGAAACAAGAAUGCACUGCAACACAACGAUGGUUGCCAUUGUUAAACCAAGUAAGAUAAGAACUGAUAAUAUUACGAUACCAAUAUAAAGAGGUAAUCUCUCAACAACAAAAAAAAAUAGAAACUUAAAAUGGUCAAGUUAACAACCUUACAAUUAUUAGACCACGUGAGACUGAAUGACCUGUGAUAAUUUAAGACUGCAAGUUGCAGAUUUACAGCUCUGGUUCUCAUAAUACCAUGCUUAGUUUUUUUUUACUCAAAAGUAAAGAACAUUGACAGUGCUCACUGAACUGAUUUGGAGCUACCACACUAAUAAUUUACUUAGCUUACAAAGUGACAGGAUUUAAUGGAUUAAUACAGUUUUUAACACAACUCUCUCUGGUUAUUGUUCAGUUCCUGUCUCAUCAGAAUCAUCAGAGGCCAGUGAGAAGGAUGACAGCAGAGGACAACUUAAAAGACCUCCCAGUCCAGGAAGUACUGCUGGUUUAAAACCUUCUAAGCGUGCCAAAAUUAAAGUGACUAUAGUUUCCCAUGGGGAUGCAGCAGGAGGGGGAACCUCAACCUCACAGGAUGGUUAGUUGUUACUUUGUUUUUAUUGGCAGUAUAUUCGUUGCACAUUGCAUUGUGUUUUGUGCUGUAAAGUGAAAAUAUUCAUUCAUAUUAUUUUGGACAACCUUGUUUCACUCAUUGUUCACGUAAACAUGUCAUCCACGAUUUUGAGAAUGGCAAGUUCGUGUACAAGUGGGCAUAGAUUUAAAGAUAACAUGCUAAGUAUGCCGUAACUUUGUUAAAGUGCACUGAAGCUCUUGUGCCAUCAUAGCAUUGGGAGGCUGUAUGUCUGAAGGCUCACUGUCUUGGUCCUCCGUAUUAGUGUAUUUACUCCUGUACGGAUGUCAUAAGUGUAAAGUCUAUGUCUGGGAAAAAAUAUUUAUUUUCUGAAAUACCAUAUCACUAUACAUUUGCUAGGAGUUUGUCAUGCACAAUGGUUCUUUAUAAAGUAACACUAUGUCAAGUUUGAAAUGACUGAUGCACUUUAAAAUAUAUAAAGUAUUCUUUAUAUAUUACUGGUGUACUUGUUGGACUUGGAGAUCAAAUGUUUAAACUUUAAUGCUUGAUGAUGUAGGGCACACAUUGCACAAUAUUUUACUUAAACACAUAGUUUGGCUAAAUGACAUUUCCUACUUUUCAAAGUGUGGCACUGUUAUCUAUGUAUGGCAGGUGCACAUUACGGAAUGUGAUAACAUAAUAUGUCCAAUAAUGCUUUCCCUUAUUAUUGGUCAUGCGGUUAAGUUAUGUGGAAAUAUCAAAAUCUGUGAAUAUGAGGAGCAUCAUACAGGAAAACCACUCUCUUAUACUUAUUAAAUACUGUUUAAUGGUAAAGUCUCAAUUUAAACUAUCUAUAAAUUAAUUUAGAUUUUUAGCAACGAUUAACAAAAAAUAUUUAUUUUAAAAAACUGUCUUAUCACUUUAAUGACACUGUGUAUGUAGUUAGUAAAAAGCAAGCUUAAGUGCUUUACGGGUCUGCAGUGUCCAUUUAAGGCAGCUGGGGUCUUUUUUUUUUUUUUUCCAUUCUAUACACUCCGUGAUCAGUGUGUACUUGGUGGAAGCCUUAUCAUUGAUGCUCUUCAGAGGUAUAUUACUGGCUUCCUCAUGCAACCAAUAGCAGUCAUGUAAGCAUAAUGACAUCUAGUCACAAUGCCUGGCCAUGCAUUUACAAUUAUUUUUCCACUAAUUGCUUUGAAUCUCGCAAAGUCCUGGUCACUAAGGAGUUAAAUACAGCUCAUUUGUGCUUUUCUUUGUUAUUUUAUUUUCCAUUUUCCUUUCAGCUUCUCAGUGAUGUCCAGUAGGUUAACUAGUGAAUUAUAAAUCUGUAAUGUGACCUUUUCAUAACCAGAUUAGCAAAUGCAUUCGGUUUCAAAAUUACUAUAUACGUGUAAGAAACCUUCUUAUAAAGUCCCAAGCCUUUUGACACUGCCUUUUGAUUCUAGAUCUUUUGUAUUCGUCUUGCAGCUUCACAGUGAUUUUCAAAGCCUUGCUCAUUCUGUUUGUUUCAUGGAACAAUUCCAAGUUUACAAGUUAAUCAUUAUUCUGGAAUGUAGUAUCUUUCACGUAAGCAGAUCAGCAACUGCUUUCAGUUUCAAAAUGAAUAUACUUUUUAGGGUGUGGAUCUAAUCUGUAAUUAGCAUAUUUCUUCUACAGUUUAUCUAAAGCAAAUAUUGUAGAUUACAUGCUGAUUUAAAUUUCCAGAACACAUUGUCUUUAUCAGUACCAUCAUAUAGAAGGCUUUAUGUCUGGUUUCCAGUAUGUAAACUUUAAGUAGUAGUAGUAUAUGUAUGGUAGGCAAUAUGCUGCAAAAAUAACUACCACACUAUGAACACAGACACGUUUUUUUUUUUUUUUUUAAAUUGUAUUUCACUGGGCUAUGCCGUGAUGUUUAUUCAAAGCUUAAGGGGCUUAGAACCAUAAUUUCAUAACAAAAAACAUUUAACUUUAAUUUAAAAAGUGUUAACUUUUACAACCACCGAAUUGCUAGUCUGUCUUACCUGACCUCAGGAUGACUUUUGCCCCACCGCCUCAACUGGGGUAGAAACUACCCCAGAUGAGACCACCCGCAGCCAAAGCCCUUUCUAUCUUGUUUUGAAAAUCAAGAUUGAAACUAUCAAUUUCAAUAUUUGAAAAAUUAACCUGAUCUUUACUACACAGACCAAGGUCCUUCUGAUCUAAAUAAAAAUGUCUGCAUGUAAAACCACCAAGCAGUGGCAAAAAAUUUAGAUAUUGCCAAAUUCAUAUUUUUCAUAUUUUUAUUCCCUUCAGCUCCUUUAACUCUUGGUUUACCAACAAUCGCAAACGCAGAACCAUCUCUGACGAAACUAAAAUGGUUGAGGGGAAUAACUAUCGAAGUGACAUAAAAACAUUCUUUAGACUAUGUAACAACUGAUCUGAUUUGACAACACCUAUAUCAUUACCCCCCCUAAGUGAACAAUUAAAAUAGCUGGAGCGUCUGGGUGCAGUGUUCCAGUCCCACUUAGUUCUGCAAUGUUAAUCAUUGCAGUUUUUGAGAAACUGGACUAAGACUGCCUCUAGUGGCUGUCAAUCACUUCAUGGUGGCAAACAGACUUUGUCAGAGUCUGUAAACUCCCCAAAGGAAAGCAUUGAAGUAGUGUUGCAUUAGGAAACAAAACGUUAAAUCAUGUCAUCUUGCACAUAUAACUUAAAACAAUCUGAUUCCCAUCUACCAAUGUUCUUGAUUGCAUCACCUCCAAAACUUAGUUUAGCUGCUUCAGUUGCAGCCCCAUUCCUGAAAAAAAUAGGACGUAAAUUUACCUCUAUAACCAAGUCUUUCGACACAUAACUGCAAAACCCUCUGAAAUUGAAAACGUGUCAGGGCAGAGCCUGCAACAUGCACCAACAGAGGACCGUGUACUACCGAGCGGACAGCUAAAUAAGCUUGCCCUGUUUCCACUGGGCAAACUCUGCCUGUUUUGAUGUUUGACAAAUGAAUCAAUCUUUCCACCUUUCCCAUUUGAUCUGUUUUUGAAGACUGCAACCAAAUAUUUACCCUAGAAUCCCUAAUAAAAAAAACAUCCUUAAACUGUAAACCUGAUAACCUAAAUCUACUAAAUGAAACUGAUUCGCUGAUCCUAAAUGCUCCAAAGAAGGCGAAAAAAAGGCUGCUGAAAAUAAUAAUACUUUGAACUGAGAAUAACAUUCAAAACAUCAAGUUAAUCUUCUAACACUGGAUAAGUAAUGGGGCGCCUAACAUCAGAAACUUUUAAUACUUUUAAAAUGCCCUUUUAACAAUUGUUUGAUUACAAACGCAUUAACCACUACUGUUUUACCUAGCAUGAAAAGUAUGCUACACCCACUAAGUGCUUGGAGACUGCAUUCUUAGAUAUAUCAUUAUUAAUACCGUUAAUCACAGAAGAAAAAGCAGCUUCUCUAUUAUCACCCACUGGAUGAACGUGGAUUCAUUUAUGGAAUUUAUACCAUGCAUCCCAGGCUAACCCAUAAUCACUCCACGUGUCCUCUGCAAGUGCUUUCAUGAAAAUAAACCAGCUCUUCCAAGAUUAAUUGUCAUAGUCAUUUUGGUCAUUCCAAUCUCUCUUCCUGCGCAUCCAGUACUAAACACUGAAAGUGCUGAGCUGAAAACAAGAAAUAGCAUCAGCUAUUGUAUUGUCGACACAGGAAUCUGCACUGCCUUUGAACAAAUAUUAUGUUUUAAAAAUAACAUCGCUAUUAUUUUGCAACAAAUUAAUAAUGAACAUUGUGAAUGCAUUGAAUUAAUGACAUAUAUCACUGACUUGUCACAGUGGAACAAAAUCAUUUUCUGUUUGAGCUUCUUACCCCAGACUAAAAUUGCUGAUACAAUUGGUAACAGUUUUAGCAGGGUUAAAUUAUUGGUUAACCCUUGUUGACCCAAUAAUCCGGCCACUGCUCAAAGGCCCUUUUUUUGUUUCAAUAUAUGCCAGAAUCAGCUGACCCUGCUGCAUCCACUAAUUAUUGUAAUGCUUCAUUAUCCUGAAAUUUGUUUGCAGAAAUAAAUAGCCAUUGUAAUCUUGCAAGAAUCUUUUCCAAAUCUUUAAGUCUUUUUUAAAUUUCUGCAGAAAUCCUAGCAAAACGGUAAAGUCAUUUAAUUUUUACACAGGUCAAAGCAAUCAAUCUAUAAAAAAUGAUUCAUGUUUGAAUAAUGCGACCCGCAAAUGCUAAUAAGCCUAAUAAUGAUGCAAACUUUUUUUUGAUUUAUUUAUUUUUCUCUGAGUUUGCAAAUCUUUUCUGCUGGCACAGAAUCUGGCACCUACAUUCAAACACAACAUAAUCAAUUGUUAUUCUUAAAAAUUGAAUACAUGUCACUGGACCCACUAUCUUCUCAACUUCUAAAGGAAUGCUUAACUAUGGAAUAACUCUUAACAACCUAAAAUAUUCUGAACUUGAAUCCAAAGCACGAAACAGAAAGUCAUCAAGGUAAUGUACAAUAGAAUAUAAACCGCUCUCAAAAUUAAAGGACCACUCCACAGACCUAAACACCUCCCAAAAAAACAAUAGUUUAGUAGAUAUACCCCCAACAAAUACAUGCAUAAAUAUUUUUAUGCAUGUACUCAUUUGGAAAUAUAGUCAAAAAGAGAUUACAAAAGCUGCAGUACUUAUGACUGCAGCCUCUUUAAGCCCUCUCCUUUUUUCCUGGAAGAGACUUUAAGUCUCUUCACAGGAAAAUAACCAAUCAGAGGCUUCUCAAUGAGAAACAUCUGAAAUGGUCUUAACGUGCACGCGCGCACCCUGCCGCGUCUGCACUUGAGGCUGAGGAGCUGAUCUAAAGGUCUGUGAGGGAGAGGCAGGCAAGGGAGCUAAUGGAAGUAGGAAGGAAUACUCCCUGGCUGUUUGAUUGACAGUCAUGGGGGAGUUCCCAAGUUCAUUUAUAAAAGUGCUGAUUUCUCAUAGAAAUCUGCACUUUUAUAAACUGGGGUUAAGUGAGAGUACUCCUCACCCAUAAAGCACCUCAGUAAGCUUAAGUGCUUUUGGGGUAUGAAGUGGUCCUUUAAUAACCCAUUUAUUAAAAUAGAACUUAUCAAGGAAUUAAAAAAAAAAAACAGCAAAUUGAUAGCUCCCUGGCAAUAGUCUAAAGGCUGACUCAAUGUCCACCUCAAAGUAUGGAUAGGGUACUGAACUAGUAUCCUUAUCAAAUUCAUGAAGCAGCCAGGUAAGAUGAAUGAUAAAUUAGCCUGAAUGACCUGGGCUCAUAUUUAGGAAUUAUACCUAAAGAAGAAAGAUGAAAAUUAGCAAAAGGAGGGCGGUCAAAAGGUAUUCUAGCUAAAGUUAACUCCCUUUGUAACUUCUUGCUGACAGAUGUAAUAUCCUGCAAAACAGAUUUUAAAUUGUAAACAAUCCGAACCUGAGACCUUUGGUAUUUUAAAACACUUGUUUGGGUACACCUUAAGACAAGGAAGGAGGAUACACCUGAAAAUAAGCCCUUCCAGCUGUAUUAGUGUCCAUGCCUUUUUGAACCUGGCCUCCCUAACUGGACCCUGCAAGUCUUUUAUAGGAGCAAAAGGCUGAAUGAUGUCCACCACAGUUUGAACACUCAUAUCAAUUGGGUCAUUUACAAUGCCCUUCAUUAAAAGGCCAACAUAGGCUUUUUUGCAUCACUCCCACUGUCAGUUGACUGUCAACUAGAACUGCUAACAUCAGUAGCUGGUUUAACUGACAGCCUCUGAGGCAGCAUUAAAUUGAGCCAAAUAUUAACAUUCUUCAUUUCUUCAUUUUCGGUACGAAUGGACAGCAAGUUUUUCAUUAUUGUUAAACCAUGCUAAACCUCAAAUAUUUAUACGCCUCAAGAAUAGCCGCUGCAUGCUGAAAUAAAGUCCACUACAUCAUUUUGUCUUUUUUUCUCCCAGUAUGGUUGAGAAAAUACAAAAUGCUUGAAGCCAGUUAUUAAAAUUAUGCGUGAUCAACUUACGCUCAACAUUUCCACGCUCUGCUCUGUGAAUACCUUUGCUGUAGGCAACAGCAAAUCAACAUACCUACAAACAAUAUGGUAUGGUAUAUAUGGUAUUUGGGAAAAUAAAUUGUAGAUUACAUAUAUCAAAAUAAGCAUUUACAUAGUUUAAAAAACAAUAAUCAAUAAACCUCCUUUAGCAAUAUCCAGUUUAAUGCUAAAAUAUGUUAGGUAUUAUGUGUGGUAUGUGUACAUAUUCUUUCUAAGUAUUUAUAUUUCACUUGCCUUGUGUAAGAUUUAACAUUUGGUAGACAUUAAUAUGCUCAGUUGGCUUCUGUGAGCAGAUCAUGAAUAAUGUAAAAACACUUGGCAUAACACAAACUUCGUUAAUAUACUCGAAUGGCAGGAGGACUGCUUGUAGAUCUCUUUCUUGCUCUCACUGUCAGUCAGUUCUUCAGUAUAGCCAUUUAUGCUGGAGAAUUCAUUAAUUUGAUUGACAGAUGGGAAAGACCUAUUUUUAAAUAGUUAUUUUUUUCUCUCUCUCCCAAUCUAUAUUUUCUUAGCACAUUAUUCAGACGGCAUUUUGUACUCUUUAAAUAUCACACCAUCUAAAUAAUUGUUUAUAUAAUUUAAAAAGAUUUUGCAGAAGAUUGUGUGUACAAGUCUAUAUUAUAUAACAACAACAAAAAGUGUGAAAACAAAAGUAGCCAUUUUAGGUCUUUGAUUUUAAUAAUGUAUUUGUAGCCAAGUAGUAGACUAUAGCAUUUUGUAAAAAAAAAAAAAGAGAAGUAUUGGUGUCCCUCUUUAGUUAUUAUUGGCAUUAUAUGUAGUCCAGGCUGUGGUUAUCUACAUCAGACAUUCAAAGCAGAGUCAGUUUCAAAAGCAGAGCAAUUCAGGAGCAAAAACUGAACCAUUGAAAACGAAUUGGCUGAUUGUUAUACAUAGAAUAUUGUCCCAUAAUCUGUAUAAAGAAAGCCCACUGUGUUUUCUUUUUUUCUAUGACCCUCUCAUUUUUUAUUAUUUGCAGUCACUAAAUCUACAUCUGCAACUGUCCAGUCUACGAUGGGCAGCAAGGACCUGACAAGCCUACUCACUACACCCAAGUAUGCCAUUCUUUCCUUUUAACUCUCAUUUUUUCAUAUCUCAUUUAAAAGAGCGUGAUCCCACUUCACCUCCUUCCUCCACCAACCCACUUAAUGUUUCUUUGAAAUUAUAACAAUUUCUAUUUUUCCCCUUUGUUAUUUGAACAUUUAGGGUGGCUUAGACCUUUUAUAGAAAAAUGUAGUAUAUUGCACUUAUCCUUUGUUAAGCUAUUAUAUUUAUUUGUCUAACAAUAAGAAAAGAACUAAGAGUGAGAGAGAAAUCAAGCCCUUACCAGAAAUAUCUUGCUUGCAUGCUUUGACGGCAAUAUUUUAUGAGUGUGCUAGGGAUAAAUACACCCGGCCAUCUUCCCUCUCAAUUUUUCCACCCCAGUUUCAUAUUAGCUGGACUGAAAUGGGUUAAAAUGUCUCCAAUUUUUUAUUAGUGUUAAUGGAACAUAUGUUAGGUGGAAUGGACUACAAAUAUGGCUGCGGCAUAAUUAUGCAUUUCCAGCCCACAAUGCCUAGCAUGCCGUUGUUAGGCAUGUUUUUUUUAAAUGUAGCAGCAGUCAGAUGCCAUAUAGUUACUUACCAUGGUUAUAUAUCUUAGUGCAUGAAAACAUAAGUUGAAUAUCUCCUUUAAUCCAUACAGUUACUGUGAAUUUUACUUUUUAAUACUUUGAAGCUUACUUUUUUAUUUCUCUUUGUAUAGAUUGGGCCUUGAAACAGCACCAUCCAGCUCAUCCCACGCGGCAAUAAUCACAAGUACGUCUACACUUAGUGCGUUUCACUCCCUCCAGGGUCGCCUAGUAUCCAGCAUUGCCCCUGGUGCCCACAGCCAGUCAACCAACACACUAUCAGGUGCUUUGUCCAUGGAAAACAACCUCACAAUGCAUUUAAGCAGUGCUUCUUACUUGGGUGGGGUGGGGAUGGGGAUGCUUUCAACAGUAUUGAAGGGACUACUAACAUGUACAUUUAUAUUUACUCAUGUUUUCUAUGUCAUUACUGUGAAGAAUAAUACCUAAAAACUGCAUACAUUGGCAAGAAUUAUAUUUUACAUAUGUACACUGUAUGUCUUAGUUGUCUGCGUGAGCCACUGUUUCUGAGUAGGACAUUCAAGUGGAGUACAUGGAAAGACUAUGUAAUUGUGGUCUUUUCUCAUUGAUGCAGGUUCAAGUACCGGAGCCUCCGCAAGCAGCCUGUUGCAGGGGUUAAGUUUUAGUCUACAAGACAUUGGAGGCAAAUCUCCAGCUCUCCCCAACACCUCUUCAGCCACAGUAUCAAGCACUCAGGUAUACACAUGGUUUAAAAAAAUGGCACAUGUAUCAAGGGAAAUCAUUCAGGGGUUUCUACAUUUGUUUUCCAAAGAUCAUGUGAAUUAUUUGCAUUGUUUUUUGUUGUUGUUGUUGUUUCCCCCCACACACACACACACAUUUAAACUCUAUUUUUGUAAUUUGGCAGACCAUGACAGUUAAAGCUCCUGGCUCUAUCCAAGGUUUAGCCAGUAUAACUACUGGAGCAGGCACAAUACUGCGUACCAUCCCUGUAGUGACUUCGUCAUCACUCGUGGCAUCAUCUGGUGGAAAACCUACCUCCAUUCAUCAAUUGCUAACAAAUGGGGGUCUAGCGAAACUGGCAAGCAGCUUACCUGGCUUGGCCCAGUUAUCGAGCCCAGCUGCAGGUAAAAUAAAGCUGCCUUAUAAUAUCUAAAGAUUACACCAAAGAGUGUUCAAAUUAUCUAUUCAUUUAUUCAUUCACAUUUUAGGUUUAAAGGCCCCAACCACCAUCACAGUCACUCUUCGUGGUCAGCCUAGCCGUGUUACUAGUCUCAGCCAGGCGGGAAUGGGAGCUUCUCAGACCAAGCAAGAAGAUGGCACGCAUCAAAUAGUAAGUAUACAUACUUCUUGGAUCUUUUCUCUACAUUAAAACAGAUACAUCAUGGUUUCCAUUAAUUAGGGGAAAAUAUAGCAUUAUGUUC